AUGGCAACAGGAAAUAAAUCAAAUUUAUGUGCAGUCUGCAAUAAAUUGCCAGGACUCCGCUUUUGCAUUGGAUGUAGUAAAUACUUUUGCCCGAAGGAUUUAAGAGAACAUGAAAAACAAUUAGCGAUGAAAUUCGAUAACGAAGUAGUUAGAUCUCAUGAUGAACUCCUUGACCAAAUACAAAAAUUAGAAAAAUCAAAUUAUUUAUCAUUGGAUCUUUUCGCUCAAAUUGAACAAUGGAAAAAGACAACAAUCAACAAAGUUGAAAGAGCAGCAGAAAAGGCACAUCAUGAACUUACCGAGCUAAUCGAUAAAAAACGAGCAACAAUAACAAAACAACUUCAAUUUAUUACAAAAGAAAUUCGUUCACGCCAAGAAGAAGAAAUUUUUGUUGAAAAUGAUAUAGAUCAACUUAAACAAGAAAUUGAAAAAAUUAAACAAAAACUUGAAAUACUCAUUCAAAAAGAUAAAAAUCAAAGCAUCAUUGUUGAAAAUAGUCAAAUUGAUUGGAAUCGACUUAUCUACGUUCGAGAAAUCCAAGAUGAACAUGAAAUCCAAGGAAAACAAAGAAACUUACCACUACGCGCGAGUUCGAUUGAUAUUCAUCCGAAUGCAAAAUGGAAACAAAAUGGAAUCACUGUAGCUGGAGGAAAUGGACGAGGCAGUGGAAUCAAUCAAAUCGAUCGUCCAUGGGGUUUGUACGUCGAUGAUGAUCAAACUGUUUUUGUCGUUGAUUGUGAAAAUCACCGUAUUGUGGAAUGGAAAUACGGUGCAAUGAAUGGCCAACUGGUUGCUGGUGGAAAUGGAGAUGGAAGCGGGGCUCAUCAAUUAAAACGUCCAUUGGAUGUGAUUCUUGACAAAGAGAGAGAUAGUCUCAUCAUCAGCGAUAUAGACAAUAAAAGAGUAGUUCGAUGGCCUCGACGAUAUGGUUCUAGUGGGGAAACUAUCAUUUCGAACAUUACUUGCAUUGGUUUGACAAUGGAUGGGAAUGGAUCGCUCUAUGUCGUUGACGAAGAAGAACAUGAAGUGAGACGAUAUAGAAUUGGUGACACCAAAGGAAUAGUGAUUGCAGGUGGCAAUGGCAAAGGAAAUCGUCUUGAUCAACUCUUUUACCCAGAGUACGUAUUCGUCGAUCAAGAUCAUUCAGUGUACGUGUCUGAGUAUGGAAAUCAUCGUGUGAUGAAAUGGGUGGAAGGUGCAAAACCAGGCAUUGUUGUAGCUGGUGGUCAAGGGCAGGGAAAUAGUCUUACACAAUUGGAUCGUCCUCGAGGAGUUGUUGUCGAUCAAUUGGGUACUGUCUAUGUGGCUGAUCAUGGGAAUCAUCGAAUCAUGCGUUGGCCAAAAGGAGCUACGCAGGGAAGUGUCAUUGUUGGUGGAAAUGGGUAUGGAGCACAGACGUAUCAACUCAAUAGUCCCAUAGGUUUAUCAUUUGAUCGACAUGGCAAUCUCUAUGUCGUCGAAUGGGGAAAUGAUCGAGUACAGAAAUUUAAUAUCGAAUAA